UUACGAGAACAGAUGAGCCCGCUUCAACAGAUAGACCCCCCUAUUCCAACGCUUCCUUCUUCCCACUCCUUUGCUUCUGAGAUAAAAACUCGAAUUCUCAGCUGGCAAAUUCGUCACCUACUCAACAAAAAUACCAACCGCGGCGAUUGGUUUUCAUCCACGGUACGAAAUCCACGCCAUUUUCUUCCUUACCAAACCAACGCACCCACAUUGGAUUUCUCUCUGUUUCCUCUUCUUCUGCUUCAGCUGGAUUCUGGGUUGCUUUCUUCUGGUGGGUUUGAUCACAUUUGAUUGGAUUUCACCUGGGUUUUCUGUUUUUUCUCAUCUGAUUUCAUCUGGGUUUUCUUUUUCUGAGCUGAUUCUCUCUCCGUAUUGUUCUUGUUCUUCAAUUGUAGCCCGUGUAGCGAAAUGGAGAGAGAAAACAAUGGUGUGAGAGCGUAAUGAGAUCUGUUUUCAUGGGUUAGUUUCACCAUCUUCAAUCUAUAUUUUGCAUUGGAUUACCAAUCUUAGCGUUUCUUCUCUCUUCUGGGUGUUGAAAGUUUCUGCAUUUUUGUGAUGGUGCUGGGAAAUGAUUGAUGGAAAUCUGUUCCGAUCAGUGUUUAGAUUCUUUCGGCUAAAUGCCGCGGUUUUUUAUGAUUCCGUGAUGUGUUUCAUCAAUCAUUUAGUUUAAUUCUCGUUGGUUUUCAUGGUUUUCGAUUUUUCGGGUAUUGAGUAUCAUGAUUCAUUGAAUCGCUUGGGAUGGGAAUUACAAUGGCCGAAAGGAAUGUUUCGUCCCUCGCUGUCAUUACUCGAAAAUCUUUGUUCUUUUUGUUUAUAGUUGCAUCAACACUCUUCAUAUUAUCUUGGUUCUUUGUGUUGCGUUCGACGGGCAGUCCUCGCUUCAUUGACCAUAAAUUGUUACCCAAUUCCAAGCUUAAUGCCGUUAUUGGCAGCAGGAGUUCUGGAAGUGAGAGUCAAAAAGAUGUCGAACCCUCAACUGGGAAUCGAGCAAUCCUUGUGGAUAAUGAGGAAGAAGAAAAGCCAUCAUCUUCAUCCCAAGAAAAAGAAGCGUCCCAAGCUAACAAUGGUGUCAGAUGUAACACAAAUGAGAAAGUAGUUCUCAAGGUGUUCAUGUACGAUUUACCCCCCGAAUUUCAUUUCGGACUCCUGAAUUGGAAACCCCAAGGGCGUAGCGUUUGGCCAGAUUUUCAUACUAAAAUACCUGCUUAUCCCGGCGGGUUGAAUUUGCAACACAGUAUAGAAUAUUGGCUGACACUGGACCUCCUUGCUUCGGAACUUCCCAACCCACCAAAUGCUCGUGCUGCAAUGAGAGUGCGCAAUGCUAGCGAAGCUGACAUUAUUUUUAUACCGUUCUUUUCUUCCUUAAGCUAUAACCGAUUCUCCAAGAGAAACCCGCACCAGAAGAAAAGCAGUAAUAAGGUGCUGCAAGAUAAACUGGUUAAGUAUGUGACUGCUCAAAGGGAAUGGAAGAGGUCAGGGGGAAGAGACCACUUAAUUGUGGCUCACCAUCCAAAUAGCCUUUUAGACGCGAGGAUGAGUCUAUGGCCUGCAACAUUCAUACUUUCGGACUUUGGGAGGUAUCCUCCAAACGUAGCAAAUGUGGAGAAAGAUGUCAUUGCUCCCUACAAGCAUGUAAUCAAAUCCUAUGUGAAUGACUCGUCUACUUUUGAUAGUCGGCCAACUUUGCUGUACUUCCAAGGCGCGAUAUAUCGAAAGGAUGGUGGCUUUGUUCGGCAAGAGUUGUUCUAUCUUCUACAAGACGAAAAAGAUGUUCAUUUCACAUUUGGGAGUGUUCAAAAAGAUGGAAUCAACAAGGCCUCCCAGGGUAUGCACACCUCCAAAUUCUGCCUCAACAUAGCUGGUGACACCCCAUCAUCAAAUCGCCUCUUUGACGCUAUUGCUAGCCACUGUGUCCCCGUCAUCAUCAGUGAUGAUAUUGAACUUCCGUACGAGGAUGUGCUUGACUACUCUGAGUUCUGCAUAUUUAUUCGAACAAGGGAUGCUCUUAAGCAGAACUUUCUCGUAAACCUCACCAGGAACAUUGGGAGGGACGAGUGGACGCGAAUGUGGAAGAAGUUGCAGGAGGUUCAGAAAUUCUAUGAGUUUCAGUUUCCAUCAAGGGAGGGCGAUGCUGUCCAGAUGAUAUGGCAAGCAGUUGCUCGCAGAGUUCCGGCUAUCAGAAUGAAGUUACACAAGUCUAGACGAUUCUCUCGAACAGUUUCUCGGAAGGAGACGGGAUUAAGCAGGAUACCAUCACCAAGUAACUUUUGGUAAGACGGGGGAAUUAACAGUCUGUCUCUGCAGAUUUUCUGACUAUUAACAGCCACACAGGACUAAACUACAAGAAACAACAUUGUGCAAACAUCUUCAUUUGCUCCAACAUUAGAAAAUUAAAUUGGAUAAGUUAGAUCUACGCCUUCAAAACCGAUUCGUUCUUCGCUCCUACUCAGGAUAGAAUUCAGUUGGUAGUCAUAUUUCAUUUCUAAGGAAAAGGUUGUCAUCUGUAAACUCAUAAUAUUUUUAUCUGGUCACUUGCAUCCGACAUUCUUACACGCAUUUCGUCCUUGUCGUUGUGUUGUUUCGUAGCAACGAACUGGCAAAAUGAUCGUUUGGAUGAUCGUACCGGUGAAUAGGCUUGCAUUUCUUGUCAAUAUCUAUGAUUUUUCUGGGUUUC